AUGGCCGAUAUUGCAAGCCUUACAUUGAGUGGAACCACCCGCGCUGACGGUGAACCUCAUGAGGCCUUCUUGGCCCGCGUGGCAACUUCCCCUAGCACGCCAGAGCUGGUUCCUAGCCUGGUCAAGCAGGUUGCUUCCCUUGGGAAAUCUGCCAACCUGCAAGACUACGAUGAUCGAAUUGCGCUUUUGGAAGCUGCACAAUCCCUGGUCUAUGCACUUCAGACCCCGCGUGAGGCUAUGAACAGACACUGUUGGGAGCUGGCUUCUACCUAUGCCUCUGUGGAGAUAGGUAUUGAUCUGGGGCUUUUUGCUAUUUUGUCCAAGGAUGAGAAGCCUAAGUCUGCUGCCGAGCUAGCCAAGGCCACGGGUGCUGACCCAGCCCUUCUUAGACGCAUCCUGAAGCACUUGAGCACAGUGGGUGUUAUCCUUGAGGCCGGUCCUAAUGAAUACCGCCGCACCGGAACUUCCAUUACGUUGAGCUGGCAACUAUGCAGCGAUUCAUAUGCUUGCGCAACUAACUCCGUCAUGUUCGGUGUGCUUGCUCUGCCGGCUCAUCUUAAAGAGAAUGGAUAUGUCAAUCCAACUAACGGCAAGGAUUGUGCCUUCCAGCGCGGAUACAAAACCGAUCUUCACUUUUUCGAGUACAUGAAGGCGAACCCAAAGGUUGCUGGCCAGUUCAACAAUCAUAUGGCUUUCUACCGCCAAGGACGUCCUAGCUGGAUGGAUGUUGGUUUCUACGACGUGCCCAGCCUGAUCGCAAAUGUCGGACCGAAUGAUGUUCUCCUCGUCGAUCUUGGUGGCGGCCUGGGCCACGAUAUCUCAGAGUUCAGACGCAAGUGGCCUGAUGCUCCUGGACGCCUGGUGCUGCAGGACACUCCUGAGUUGACCGCUCAAUCCAAGAAAAAGCAACUGCACCCCUCCAUCGAGCCAAUGGUGCAUGACUUCUUCACUGAGCAGCCUAUCAAGGGUGCUCGCGCCUACUAUUUCCACACUGUCGUCCACGACUGGUCGGAUGAUAAUGCGCGCAAGAUGUUGAAGGCUAUCGCGGAGGCCAUGAAGCCCGGAUUCAGCAAGUUGCUGAUUAACGACCUAGUCAUCACUGAUACCGGCGCAUACUGGGAGACAACUAGCAUGGAUAUUAUCAUGAUGGCCGAUUUCGCUACGACCGAGCGGACCGAAGCCGAGUGGCACCAACUGGUGGAAUCUGCUGGGCUGAAGAUCACGAAGAUUUGGAAUAUCCACAAAGGAGUCGAGAGCGUUAUCGAGUACGACAAUGUCGGUGUUCCUAUCCCAGCCCUCGGCCCAGAUUUCUCCGUUGCCGACGAAGCCUCGCAGCAUAGAUUGGAUGAUAGUCUGGCGAUAAUCUCUGCCUCAGAUAUCGAAGCAAUUUCCAUGGGGUUUAUAACACUUGAGCGAGAAAUGCAGAAGGAGGCCCAGAGACAAGCAAAGGAAGAGGAAGAAGAAGGAGCAAGGUCCCAUGCCGCGCACACUGAAUCAGUACUACAGGCCGACGCAGAUCAGGAUAAUCCAGAGAAAAACUCAUCGCAACCUGGAAGCAAGUCCAAAUCAUCUGAAGCAGAGGUUCAUGCUGAGGCAACAAUGAAACGCAUUGAAUGGCAACGUUUUAGAACCCUUCCAGGCCAAAUUAUAGAUUUGGGUUCCCGGUCUGUCCUCGAAAUUCUCAUCGGUGAACCAGAGACCAGUACCAGUUACGACAUCUUGGAUAUUCCCAUUCAUCUUAUAGCCACAGACAAGAGUGAUGACAUCUUAAAAGACCGCAAGACAGCCACCAAAAGUCUUUUACCGGGGCAGGCUCCGCUCCCAGAACGAAUUAGAAUCAACUCUGUACCACUUCUUCACCUGCUCGCCAUGAUCCAGUACAAGGAAGUUUCCUAUGACAGUGGAUCACUCAUAAUGACCCGGCCUUUCAAAGCCCUUUCAUAUUAUGAGAAGGAUUUUCGACUUUGGCAUGAUGCCCUUGCCACGAAGCCUGAGGAUCGUACCAAAGAUACUGAGGACACCGAAUCCAUACCAGAAAUUACGCUGUUAGACCAGAUCACAAGACAGGAUUGGUUUAAAACGCCAUCAAUUGUCCUGCAGCAUCUGACUUGCCUUCUCGACUUUAUCGAUGAUGAGAUAACAGCCAAGAAGGAAUACCUGACCAGCGAAAAUCACCAAAUGGUCACCUUCGCAGAUCUAUGGUAUUUGUUCAAACCUGGCGACGAAGUGAUUGGACACAAGGGUCUACAAGCAUACCGCAUCCUUAGUGUCACUAGUCCCAAGCAUCAAGGUGUCUUGCCCUGGGACAAUUUCUACAACCGUUUUGAUAGCGAAUCAGAAGAGAAACCAAUGCGCAUCCACUGCGUCUAUGUGGACUUUGAUGACAAGCAGUUGGGUCCAGUAUCCGAAGAAUUUGAGAUUGAGGCUUUCGAUGGCGAGAAAAGCAUUACCCUCUUGCCUGUGCAGCCGCUUCGGUUUUCAAAGACCCCGGGCCUUCGGGAAAAGCUCAUACAAAGGGGAAGGGAAUUUAUCACCAUGACUGCUGUCAAGCACAUGCAUUGUUCUGGGCUCACGCUGGAUACCCGGGACGAAGUAGAUGGCCAGGUAGUGAUUUACUUUUCUGAGGCACUCUCGGUCCCUGCAAACAAAGACUGGAAACCGGAGAUCGAAGAAUUGCUUGGAAAUAUCCCGGACGCUGAGGCCGGCAAAAAUUGCUCGGCCCAAUGUUCACCUCUUGACCUUGCAGAUCUGGUCGAUUUUCGAUCUGAAGAAGAUAGUGCGGGCCACAAGCGUGAGACUCCAUUUGACAAGCUUGUGCUGCCACCUGGUCACAAGCAGAUGGUGCAGUCUUUGAUUGCCCAGCACUUCCGCGACAAGGAGUCGGGAGGAUCAAGAAACGAACAAGUGGAUUUUGCACGCGGGAAAGGCAAAGGAUUGAUUAUGCUUCUCCAUGGAGCUCCCGGUGUAGGGAAGACAUCAACAGCUGAAUGUAUUGCGGACUUGUUUCAGAAGCCGCUGUUCCAAAUUACCUGCGGGGAUCUUGGAUCUAGUGCCAAAGAAGUUGAAGAGGCACUGGAGACGAAUUUCUCGCUUGCCAACCGAUGGGGCUGUAUUCUGCUACUUGAUGAAGCAGACGUCUUUCUUGCAGCUCGCACUCCAACGGACUUCACGCGCAAUGGGCUAGUAGCCGUUUUCUUGCGUGUUCUGGAAUAUUAUGCCGGAAUAUUGUUUCUAACCACCAAUCGUGUCGGCGACUUCGACGAGGCUUUCGCCUCGCGUAUCCACAUCAGUCUCUAUUAUCCGCCGCUGACAUUGAUAUCUACCAUACAAGUCUUCCAAUUGAACCUAGCCAUGAUCAUAGAAAGGUUUCAGACAAAGGGCAGAAAAAUCCACAUUGAUAAGCAGAUUCUAGAAUUCGUCAGCCAAUACUUCCUGGCCAAUGAAAAAGCAAGGUUGAAUGGACGUGAAAUCCGCAAUGCUUGCCAAACGGCACUUGCUCUCGCCGAGUUCGAGGCGCAAGGAGGCAAACAUGACGCUGUGGUCGACGCUGGAGUCGAAGUCCGACUUCAAGAAAAGCAUCUCAAGACAGUUACCGAUGCUUAUCUAGAGUUUGCUCAACACCUCAAAGAUAUAUUUGGUGCCUUCGCAGAUGAAAGGGCCCAAGACCAGAACUUGCGAGCCCAGUCGAAGAUGUCGGAAACGGUGAACCCACUGUUAUCUUACAACAGCCAUGCGAGUCAACCAAGCCCCCCGACGCUGAACGUCCCGGUGGCUCAGCAAGGAUAUCCAAGUGGACCCAUGCAGCAGCCGGCAGGGCCUUUCUUCCAGGCCCCUUACCCACAGCAGUUUCCCUCUGGGUUUGCAUACGGAAGCCCGGGAAAUUUCCAGAAUAUGCCGCAACAGGUUCCACAAAAUUGGCCAGGGAUGAUGAAUAUACCCAUUGGCGCAACGGGUCCAUCGCAACAUAGUGGUCUCCCAGCCGGCACAACCGCUUUCCCUCACGGACAGACAAACCCAUAUUCGCCUCAGAACCAAGAAGCGCCCCAUUAG